AUGAAAAUUCCAUCUGAAAUUCCUCAGCUAUAGGAUACUGUAGAUGGUAAUUCUUAAGGAAACUCCCAUUCUUUAGGUGAUCAUGAUUCAGCUUCUUUAAAAGAUGAAUUAAAUAAAAGUUUAGAUGUGGAUCGCAAAAAGAGGUAGUAACUAAUAUUAAAGAAUCCUGAAUUUUAAAUUAAAUAGGAAAUAGAAGAUGAAAAACAAAAUAUUAAAGUUGAAACAUUAAUUAGAAGAGAAUUGGCCAAUUCUAUCAAUAUAAAAGAUCUUUGUAAUUUAACAAUAUAAUAUUAGUAAAAUUGAAGAUUUCUUCAAAGGAUCUAAAAAAUCCAAUACAUAGCCUAUUUCGUUGGAUUCUUUUAAUUUUUUAUAAGGAAAAUCCUGAUUUGUAUAAUUGGUUGGAAUUCAAAGUAGAAAUUGAUUAUAUAUAUAAGGAAUAAAUACUUGAGAAGAAUAAUGGUGAGGAUUUAGUAAAUCGUUUUGGAUAUCAAAAUGUAAUGUAUAUAACUAGGUUGGAAGGUGAGAAGACUAAGUUCUUAUUAAAUUUGAAAUAAAAAAUAUUAGAAGAAAAUGGUUAACCUGAAGUAGCAAAGAAUGUAUUAAUUAAAAUAUUUGAUAUGGUUGAGAUAGUAUAUAAAAUUUAUGAACAUGCAAAAGGUAUUAAUCAUCUUGUUGAUGAAUUAAUAAAAGUAAAUUAUAAUAUUGAUAAUAAAAAUAGCAAGAAGAUAAUAUCAACUAAUAUAAGGUAGAAAUCUAGAAAAUAAAUCAUCAUAUUUAAGAAACCAAAAUAAGUCUUAAAAGUUUAGAAAAUAAAUCUUAAAAUGAUGAGAACUUAUCGUAGAAUGAUGAAAUUGUAAAAGAAUGA